UUAGUUAAAAUUCCGGGAAUUAAAAACUGUUCUGUUUGUUGUUUUUUUUUCAUUUUCAAGUUAAAAAGACAUAAUGGCAGCUAAAGAAAAACUUCUCAGUAUUGAAUAUCCAGGAUUUGAUCAAAGAUCAGAAAAUUCAGAAUCAUUCCUAAGUAAUUUAAUGGACGAUGUGGAAAAGAGGGUUGAAAAAUUGAGAGAACAAGCUAUCGCAAUGGAACAAGAAAGAGAAGCAAUACUAGCAACCCUCCAAAAAAUACAGGACAAUGAUCUAAACCUCGAAAUUUCAACUGACGAAAAGGAAGAAAUAGAGGCAAAUGCAGAAAGACUUAUCUGUAGAUGUCUUACAAUUGAAGUCAGUAUAACAACUCCAAGAAAUGACCUUCAGGAAAAUGCUCUUCAAAAAAUAAAUGAAAUUUUACAAAAUUUAAAAGUACAGAUGAAGUCAGGAAAACAGUCAGCCAUUGAAACAGCAAAAUCCUAUUUAAAUGCAUGUUCAGAAGAUGGAGGAACAGUUGUAGAUUAUAGAUUUCAGGGAAUUAUUUUAGAAUGUACUGCUGAUGAUCAAAAAAUGGUUCGCAAAAAAUUAAAAGAAAUGAUCACUCAUUAUUGUAACUUUCCUGAGAGAAAUGGCAUUUUGUAAUUAUUGUUAUUUAGUAACUCCAUUGUUAUACUUUUUCGAUUGUUGAAAAUAAAAUGAAAAAAUCCUUUUUA